CCAAGAUGUCGUUGUGCUCGAUACGUAGGCGACCUUUCGAUCAUAACACAACCCGAAGAGUCUGCUGCUAGUUUACUAACGUUAGCGUGGUGGUUUACUGCUUUGUCAGUGUCUGCAAGGUUUCAUCCAGCCGCGAGAUGUUUGCCUCAGCUACCAGGAACUUUGUGGAGGAGGUGGCUCCUGGAGGUUCUCUGAUCCCAGUGUCCAGCCCGAGUGACACUGUAGGUCUUCUGACAGUGGUGGUGAAGCGCAGGCGUUUCUGGUUGUGGCAGAAACCCAAAUAUCUUCCCACUGAUUUUUACCUCAAUGACAUACUAUCUGGAGACAGCCCUAUAAAGCCAGUUGUUGCAAAGACAGACUUCAUCACAUAUAAAGGAACAUACGGUGACAACAUUCAGGGGAACAUAGAUGCAAGUUUUGUCCACUCCAAUGUGAAUCUGGAGGCUAAAGACUCUUCCAAACUCCAGUCAUCCUUUGGCAGUCUAAAGAAAGAGGAAGUUGAUGUGCAGAGGUUGCUGCAAGACUCCAAAAACAGGGUCUUGGACAUGUCCCACUGUCUCAUCCAGCAGACAAAGGAAAAGCACAGGCAGGUGUUUGGGAUUGUGAAGGAGCGUAUCGUGACCACUCAGCCCUGUUCAGUCAUAGAGGAGGUGCAGCAGGGCACGCAGUGUGUAGGAGAACUGAGCCUCUGUGGACCCAAGAGACCAAAGGUUUCGCUGAAAGACAAUGGGAGCCUGAGUAAAGACAGUGAUGUUACCAUGGAGAUCCCCAUCGAUACUACCUUGGCCUAUUCCCUCAUGGAACUAGUGGUCAAACAUGAUGGACGCUAUGAGCUAUGUCUGAUGCCAGACACCACUGGAGGUUUUGAAGUAGACAGCCCUGCUGAGAAAGGGCUGGUUGGUGUCUCUGGAGCUCCUGUGCACACUUCUGGAAAUAACUGCCUUCAACGAAACCUAGAGCAACUUAGUGAUCAUUUCCAGCUACUCUCAGCUCUUCCUGUCACCAUGAGGUCCUCUUUACUUCAGCAAUUCACAAAGGUUAUGCAGGAUCAAGUAGCUGUCAGUGCACUUCAGAAUGUGCUGGACCAGAUGUGCCUGGAUAAGAGACUCGCCCUGGGUGAUGUUGUUGCAGCAGCAGAGUCACAAAAGCAGAACAUCCAAGCAAUUUUGGACCUUUUGGAGCAGUCUGGUCAAGAGGAGUCACCUCAGGCAGGCCAGUCCACAUCAGUCCUCACAGCCCUUCACCUCAUUAGCAGCGCUGUGGAUGAGAUGUCAAGUGAUUGUCUUGCUGCCUUGGGAAUAUGCUGCAGCCCCAAAGUGUUACAGGCAUUGGAGCUACUGGUGCAGUGUUUAUCAGGAAAGAGAGAGCUGACCCUGAGCAGCACAGACCUGACUGCACUGACAGAGGAGAUCUUUGAAACAACUGAACGUCUGUUUGCUGCCUCUAAUGUGUCCCUGAAGAGGGAUGGGGUCACAGUGAAGACAGAAAUAAACCAGCCACAAGGAAACCUUCCUCUGGUCCUGUGUAUCGCUGUCAGAGGUCUUGCCUCACUGGCCCACCGUGUUUGAACAAGAGACGUCGCUAUAUCCACCAGAAGCCUUAAAUACCACGCUGAAAUAAGGUAAAAGGGAUCACACAUAGUAGGUGUUAUCACUGUUUUGUACUCUUUGGUGUGGUAGAAUGUCCUCUAAAGCACAGGUGCAUUUUACACUAGGGCACUAGUGAUGAGUCGAUUUAAUGCUUUAGUCAGUAAAUGUACAGUAGUUUAUCGACAACAAAUCCAUUAAAAUUAUUUUUUUAAAAUCCGUAUCAGUCUUGGACAAAACCAUUUUUAAUCUGUUCAAUUGUCUGUCCACUUGACACUGGGGCUGUCACUUUUUCCCAAAAAUCACAUAGGAACGAUUUUCAAACUGACAUGUAAAUCGAACGCAACCUUCAUAAUAACCCCUCAAAAAUAGCCUUGGGCUUAAUAUUUAAUCAAUAAUAUCACUAACUCUUGCUUCAUUGGCUGAUUUAUGCGCUGCAUCAGGAGAGCUUAGCUUAAGAUAUGACAUGUGGCAGGGGUAGGACAGUCAGGUGACGCUGUAGAACGGACACUGCUCAACUCAUCUGUGGUAAUGUUAACUUCAGUGCCUCACUCAGGUAGCGAGAUCCUCAGAUGUGUUGUUGUAGACUUGACUUAGGCAUCUGCUUUUCUGCAGAGGUGGCCAUUUUAACUUGACACUGCUAUGUGUCAUUGUCCGCUUUGCCUGCUACUAUCCUGCAUUUUGUCCUUGCAAAUAAUGCCAUUAGCUGACUUUACUUUACUGGUCGAGGUGAUAGUGAAUUUUAAGAACAUCCUUUGCUGGAGCACAAGGCAAAUUACAUCAAACGGCCAGUUGUACUUAUUGACAUAGAGCAGAUUUUUGAAUUUGAACAGGUCAUUACAGUUUGAAAUUUAUUUUCUUUUUAACCACGGUCAAACAAAUGUUAGAAAUUCAAAUUACUGCUUUACAUUAAUUCUUGUUUCAUGGACUAUUUGUCAAUAGCUUUUUGGCUCUUUAUUGGCCUCUGUUAUGCACUGCUUAAUCUAAUAUCUAUGAGUCUGGAAAUCUUACAUUUUAACACAAACCACUGCACUGCACUGUCUUCCAAAGCGAUGUUUGUUUUUUUUAAUGAUUCAGCCACAGACCUCAUCCUGAACUACUGUACUUGAGCAAAUUGGUUUAUGAAUCUAUAAAAAUUUUCAUGUUUUAUUGCUCAUGUCUUUGAUUGUGGGAGCAUUAUUUCAGGUUUAUUGGAAACGGUUUCAACUUGUAAUUUUUUUUUUAAUCUGUUUAUCUAUGGUGGAAAAAAGUAUAAAAAAACAUUUUUAAAAACUACCAUUCCUGAGACAUUUAAUUCUCAAAAGAGCAAAGAAAAACCAAUGUGGUUCAUUAGAAAACACCAGUUAUUUAUUUGACAUCUGGAAAUACAUCUUUUUUUUGAAAUCUUGUAAAUAUUAAAAUUAUUUAAAACUGUUUUUAGUAAUAUCACAUCAAAAGGGAUGGUUCACUGAGAUGCAGUACCCUGUUCAAGAGUCCUAUGGACUACCACUAGUGUAGUCUUUGUCAGCACUAGUUGGACAUUUUGUUGUACUAGUUGAACAGAAACUCCUACUAGUUGCUC